AAAUAAAGCUGAAAGUGGAAACAGAGCACUGCAACUUUUCAAGCUCUAUACUCAUUAUUUACUCAUAAUACUCCUACAAGUGUCGUCUAAGUAUUCCACGAAGAUUCUCUUUUCGCUUACUCUUCCCGGAAAAUAUCUACUCGUUUGCCAUCUCCGCCGCUGAUUCCGCCAUCUUUACCGUCCACUUCUGUCUCACAAAGGAUUAUGGAAGAGAAGGACGUUUAUACGGAAGAUGGAACUGUCGAUAUUAACAAAAAUCCUGCCAACAAAAAGAAAACAGGAAACUGGAAAGCUUGCCGCUUCAUUCUUGGAAAUGAGUGCUGUGAGAGAUUGGCCUACUAUGGAAUGGGCACUAACCUCGUGAAUUAUCUUGAGAGUCGUCUGAAUCAAGGCAAUGCUACUGCUGCAAAUAACGUCACGAACUGGUCUGGAACAUGUUAUAUAACUCCCUUGAUUGGAGCCUUUGUAGCUGAUGCUUAUCUUGGGCGAUAUUGGACUAUCGCAAUCUUUGUUUUCAUCUAUGUCUCUGGUAUGACUCUUUUGACAUUAUCAGCUUCAGUUCCUGGACUUAGACCAAGUAACUGCAAUGGCGACACUUGUCAUCCAAACACGGGCCAGACGGCUGUUUUCUUCGUUGCGCUUUAUAUGAUUGCGCUUGGAACAGGCGGUAUAAAGCCGUGUGUUUCUUCCUUUGGAGCGGAUCAGUUUGAUGACAAUGACGAGGCUGAGAAGCUAAAGAAAAGCUCUUUCUUUAACUGGUUUUACUUCUCCAUUAACGUUGGAGCUCUUGUCGCUGCCACUGUUCUUGUCUGGAUACAAAUGAACGUUGGUUGGGGAUGGGGUUUCGGUGUUCCGACCGUGGCCAUGGUCAUUGCUGUUACGUUUUUCUUCAUGGGAAGUCGUUUUUACCGGCUUCAGAGACCUGGAGGGAGUCCUCUCACACGGAUAUUUCAGGUCAUAGUUGCGUCUUUCAGGAAGGUGAGUGUUAAGGUUCCAGAGGACAAGUCUCUUCUCUUUGAAACCGCAGAUGAUGAGAGUAAUAUCACUGGUAGCCGGAAGCUCGAACACACAGACAACUUAAAGUUUUUCGAUAAGGCAGCGGUUGAGAGUCAAUCAGAUAGCAUCAAAGAGGGGGAAGUGAAUCCGUGGAGACUCUGCUCUGUGACACAAGUCGAAGAACUGAAGUCCAUUAUCACACUACUUCCUGUUUGGGCCUCGGGGAUACUCUUCGCCACAGUGUACAGCCAAAUGAACACGAUGUUCGUCUUACAAGGAAACACAUUGGACCAACACAUGGGAAAAAACUUUGAGAUCCCAUCCGCUUCACUCUCGCUCUUCGACACGGUCAGUGUUCUGUUCUGGACCCCAGUCUACGACCAGUUCAUUGUCCCGUUCGCAAGAAAGUUCACACGCCAUGAACGAGGCUUCACUCAGCUUCAACGAAUGGGAAUCGGUCUCGUGAUCUCGAUCUUUGCCAUGAUCACUGCAGGAGUCCUAGAGGUCGUUAGGCUUGAUUACGUUAAAACUCACAAUGCAUAUGACCAGAAAAAGAUCCCCAUGUCGAUUUUCUGGCAGGUCCCGCAAUAUUUACUUGUUGGGUGUGCGGAAGUUUUCACCUUUAUAGGUCAGCUUGAGUUUUUCUAUGAUCAGGCUCCUGAUGCCAUGAGGAGUCUCUGCUCGGCUUUGUCGUUGACCACGGUUGCGUUAGGGAACUACUUGAGCACGGUUCUUGUGACGGUUGUGAUGAGACUGACGAAGAAGAAUGGGAAACCGGGUUGGAUACCGGAUAACUUGAACCGAGGCCAUCUCGAUUACUAUUUCUAUUUGCUGGCAACUCUUAGUUUCCUCAACUUCUUAGUGUAUCUCUGGAUCUCCAAACGCUACAAAUACAAGAAAGUAAUAGGUCGAGCACAUUGAUGAAAGAAACUGGUUUCUUAAGAGGUUCUUCACAAGUUUGGUUACAGUGUUGGUUUAGAUUUGGUUUCAAACUUUAAAGUAUUUUGCUUGUAAUUUAUAAAUGUAGAUAUACUGGUCUAGUCGUUGAUGAUUUUGAUUUGGGUUUUGCUGAUUGUAUUUCGUGUGUUUCCCUGAAUAAUACUUCCAGUCUCUAAAAUGGUUUA